GGGUAGGACGGGAGCAGCAGGGAUGCGAUCCCGAAGCAGCCCUCCUCCUCAAGCUGCGCCACGUCCAUGUGGAGCAGGCCUUUGGUGGUUUCGGGACCGCGCGGAGAUCGUGGGGCCGAGGGCUUGGGGAAACAGGCCACAGAGAGAACGAGGAGAGGGUUCAACGGCGCCGACGGAGUCAGCGGCAGCUUGUGGCCGCAAGAGGGCGCCCGGGAACACGGCCCAGCCCCCGCCCCCGGGCUGGCCUCUUCCCUGCUUCCAGCCCCGGCCCACCCGCCGCCCGCAGUCGCCCGCCUCCGGUCUGCGCGAGUCCACGCAGCUCCCCAGAGGAAGGAGCUGAGGCCCAAGGUUACACAACUGAGUGGCAGAGGCAGAAAUAACACCUAUGUCAUCCUGACCCCAAAGCAUGUUCCUAGAGUUCUGGAAGCCUCCUGUCUGUGGCGGCCUCCCUGCUCCACCUGGGCAGUUGUUCUGUGGCCCCUCAUCAGCCUGGCUUUGAACCACAGGCAUUUGAUCAGCAGGGCAGCAGCAGGUAUGGCGGCCGUUGUGAAGCAGAGCGAGGCCACCUUCCAGGUGCAGGGCCAGAGCCUCUUCUUCCGAGAGGCACGGCCGGCCAGUGGGCAGGUCCGCUUCUCUGUGCUGCUGUUGCACGGUAUCCGCUUCUCCUCCGAGACCUGGCAGAACCUGGGUACGCUGCACAUGCUGGCCCAGGCUGGCUACCGGGCUGUGGCCAUUGACCUACCAGGUCUGGGGCGCUCCAAGGAAGCAACAGCUCCUGCCCCUAUGAAGGAGCUCGUCCCUGGCAGCUUCCUGGCAGCUGUGGUAGAUGCCUUGGAGCUGGGCCCCCCAGUUGUGAUCAGUCCGUCAUUGAGUGGCAUGUACUCCCUGCCCUUCCUCACCGCCCCUGGCUCCCAGCUCCGGGGCUAUGUGCCAGUGGCCCCCAUCUGCACUGACAAAAUCAAUGCUGCUGACUAUGCCAGUGUGAAGACUCCAGCUCUGAUUGUAUAUGGAGACCAGGAUCCCAUGGGUCAAUCUAGCUUUGAGCACUUGAAGCAGCUGCCCAACCACCGGGUGCUGAUCAUGAAGGGGGCGGGGCACCCCUGUUACCUGGACAAACCCGAGGAAUGGCAUACAGGGCUGCUGGACUUCCUGCAGGGGCUAGCAUGAGGUCCCGCACUGCUGAUGGGGGUGGGCUGCCUGCCUACCUUGAGGUCUCUCUCUCUCUCUCUCUCCCCUCCAUGGGCUCUGGCUCGUCAUGCACAUGCAACAGGUGUGUCUGUCUAUAUGUCUUUCUGGGUUCUUUUGGGGUCUGUCUUUUCUGCUUCUUUAUCUUGCAGUGAUGGACUGAUGAGCUAAAAUCAAGAGGAAAAACUCAGGAAUCAAGGGACGCGUAAUCUGGGGAGGGUAAUCCUUCUGUGCUAGGCUUGCUGGGCUUCCCCUUCCACCCCCUCCGCCUCCUUCAGCUGUCCUGCAGGUCAGUCACUCCCCCAACACACACACUUCCCCACCUCUUUAGGCCACAGAUACAUACAUGCCCACAUGCAUGCCUACACUUUUAGAAGCUAUCUAUGUUCCCAAAUAUGAUCCUUCACUUGGGAGUAGCUGCAUAGGUACAUGUAACCCUGGACUGACAUGCACAUUCUCAUGUGCAGUUGUGUAUCACAUGCACAUGCACACAUGCCUCCACACAAACACUUGCACUUCUAACCAUGCAGCACCUCACUGGCUGGGAAAGUGGGGACCCCAUGGGCCAGCCCUUGCAGGAGACCCUUUUGCCAGGCUUAGGGUGUGGCUAGCCCUGGAUUCUACUCAGGUUGCAGCUGGCCCCAGCCCAGAAAUGCCCUACACAAGGGAAGGGCCACCUCUCUGCCUCUCAGUUCUUGCUUUUCCCUUUCCUUCUGGAUGCUCCACACCCCCUGGGGUCAUCAAGCCUGGAUCUUCUCAGCCAAGCUUGUUUUCUGCUGUGGGGGUGGGGGUGGGGAGACAGAGAGUGGAGGUCGGUGAAAUAAAGUGAUGCAAUUAGA